ACUCAUUGUACACAUAUGACGAUAUAACAAGUAUAUGAAAUCAACGCAAAGACGACCGAUUCCACCGGUAACCUAACACCCUUUUCUUAAAUGUCAUCAAUAUGUCUAUACUUAUAUAUAACAUUAACACACACAUUUCGGACACUAGAGAUUACAUCGGUUAUAAUUCUAGUUCUUGAGUUUGACUUGUUAAACCCCUAAAAAUAGUACCUAUAAGAGGCUUCUUUUUCAACUUCUCAUUCUUCAUUUCCGGCGAAGUUAUGGACCGAUCAACGCCGGAACAUAACUCAUCUCCCUCACACAAGCGUCUAAGCGUGAGCUUUCUCGUCUCAAUGAUGGUUCUCUGCGCCAGGCAUGCGAAUCGGCUCUCGAAGAAACUAAAGCUGAAGUCAAAGAAGCGAACUUGCAGCGGCGGAGAGGGUGGAGGAGAAAGAUUCCGAUGGAAUAUGAUAAGCUCGUCGAUGAGUUCUCCUCGGCCAAAAGAGUUGUUCACGACUUUAAGCAACAAGGCGAUGACCAUGGUCCGCCGGAAAAACCCGCCGGAGGAAAAAGCAACCGCCAUGGAGGAGGAGCAUGGCCUUUGGCAGAGAGAGAUAUUGAUGGGAGGCAAAUGUGAGCCGUUGGAUUUCUCGGGUGUGAUAUAUUACGACUCUAACGGACGGCUAUUAAACGAAGUGCCACCGAGAUCACCACGUGGCACUCCAUUACCCAGUUACCCGACCCGUUCUUAAGUCGGGUCGCAGUUAAACUUAAUGGGAACGAAUGAUUAUUAAGCAACUUCAUUAGAUGAUUGAAACGUCGAUUAGGCAGCAAAACAAAAUUACUAUGUAUAUAAGAAUGUUAUCGUGUACUGUAUGAUCCAUUUUAUCCUAAGUUGUCUUGUUAUAUGUUAUACACCACUGAAAUUUGGAUAGGCUAUUUAAAUUUCAGGGUCCAAAGUUUGAAACCAUCAUGGUAUACUCUAGAGAUCCAAAUCGUUGUUGUAAUCUAAUUUCUUUUAGGUAGAAAAGUCGAAUUAAUUUCCUUUAUUAAACAAUUAUUAUACUGACAACACCUAUUCCUGAAUGUUUUCAAAUUAACGAGUUUAAAAUGAUUUCAAAAUUAUCCGUGUCCGUAAAACAGGUGAACCUCUCGAGGAUAGCUUAUUCUUCUUCUUUUUCUUGUUUUGUUUUGGGGACAACUAUUCAGUCUAUUCUUCUUCUUCUUUUGUUUGUUUGUU